AUGACUUCGGAAUUGUAUACAAAUUCAUCGGGAAAUUUUGAUUUAAACAAUCCUCAAACAUCAGAUAGACUAAGGCAAAAUAAACAGGUAGUUAAAAGUGAUCCAUCAAAAGAAAGACAAGCUGCAAGUGGACGUGAGAAAUGUUGUGUUGUAUUUCUUAUUAUUUUACUGGUUAUUUGUUUUUUAAUAGGAGCAGGUGGAAUAGCUCUUUGUAUAAUUUAUUUUAAUAGCAGUACAGGUAGUCAAGGAUGGAAAAUUGGUGGUAUUAUACUUGGUGCUGUUAUAUGUAUCAUUGCUAUUAUAUUAAUUAUAGUAACUUUAUGGAAAUUAAAACAUAAAAGACCAUGGCGACAAAAAAAAGAAAAAAAUUUCUUUUAUUCAAGUGAUUCUCGUAAAAAUGGUGGUAAAGAUAAUCAAUUAAAUAUCGAAAAUCUUGAUAAUAAUAAUAAUAGUGAAAUGUAUGCGAAAAAUGUGGAUAAUAAACCUAUUCGAAAUAAUAAUUAUUCAGUUCAAAAUAAUAACUAUGGAACACAAAGUAAUCUAAAUACUUAUCAAACUUCAUCAAUAAAUGAAACCAAUAUUUCACAACCUGUUAUGUAUUCAUUAACUGAUAUAGAUCUACGUGAAUCAGUUUUAGAUUCAAGGACACCUUCAGUAAUUCAACCUCCACAAUCAACAACUAGAACAAGUUAUCCAAAACAAAAUCAACCGAUAUUACAAACACCACGACAAGAUUUAAUUAGUUUUCCAAAUAAUGAUGAUAAUGAUGAUGAGAAAGCAAAAAGAAAUAGAAAUACAUUUACCGCUUAUGAUCGUCCAGUAACUCAUUCACAAGCACAAAAAACUCAAAGUGAAAUUGUAACUAAUUCAAAACCAAAUAUAACUGAAACGGUUGUUGUAAGACGUGUACCAAUACCAACAACUAAAGUUAUUACUGCACAACCAUUAAUAAAAGUUGUUAGUAAACAACCAUCAACUAAAGUUAUGAUUAUUAAAGUACCGAAUGUAGCUGGUCAACUUGUUAUGCAACCAAAAAUAGAAUCAACAAAUAAUAACGAUUAUGAAGACAAUCAAUAA